AUGGCGGUCAUAGAAACGGUCAAAGAGGCCAUCGGUCUCGGAGAUGAUACUGGUACGCUUCCCUUGGCUUCAACUCCCCUCGUCCUCGAGCAACUCGGAAGAAUCAAAGCUAAUGUCAGCCCCGAUGUCCCUGCUCCAACUCCAGCGUCCAGACAAACAAUGUCCGAAGCCAGACUUCCCCUCGCCUACCGAGACAGCUGUGCGAACCUCCUGAUACCUCUCAAUAAAUGCCGGCACCAGACGUGGUACAUGCCCUGGAAGUGCGAGAACGAGCGACACAGCUAUGAGAAAUGCCAGUACGAGGAGUUCAAGAAGAGGGUCGCGAAGAUGGACGAGAUGCGGGCGGCCAAGGCGGCUGCUGCUGCUGCGGCGGAUAAAUAG